CAUCAGUGUAACGGAGAGCUGCUGCUACCGAGGAGACACUCCGCAGCCGAUUGUUCCCAUGGUGCCGUUCUUCAUGGCAUUCCUGCCGAAAUCUGGAUCUUACUGCCAUGCUCAGCACUGGUGAGCGAUGAUCUGAACUGAUCUCCGCUCUUCACCUCCUCUUCACAGUCAUCGCCUGAUGGGGUGACCUCACACGUUUUAUGGUUUAGAACACCAGAAGUGGAACGUCUGAUCUGAUUAGCUUUCAGUAGCUGCUGUUUAAGGUUCUUCCUCGAGUUCGAUCGGGUUUCGGGCGAGCCAGGAUGGCACGGGUGAACAGGCCGGCGCCGGUGGAGGUGCGCUACAAGAAUAUGAGGUUUCUGAUCACCCACAAUCCCACCAAUGCUACACUUAGCAGCUUUAUACAGGACCUGAAGAGGUUCGGGGUCACGACGGUGGUCCGUGUGUGUGAGGUGACCUACGACAAAACCCCGCUGGAGCAGGACGGGAUCACUGUACUGGACUGGCCGUUCGAUGACGGAGCUCCUCCGCCCUCUAAAGUGGUGGAGGACUGGCUGAGCCUCCUCAGGAGACGCUUCAUGGAGGAGCCGGGAUGCUGCGUGGCCGUGCACUGCGUGGCCGGCCUGGGCAGGGCUCCGGUGUUGGUGGCGUUGGCUCUCAUCGAAAGUGGGAUGAAGUACGAAGACGCCAUCCAGUUCAUCAGACAGAAGCGACGCGGCGCCAUCAACAGCAAACAGCUGACGUACCUGGAGAAGUACCGACCCAAGCAGCGGCUGCGCUACAAGCACCCGCAUUUCUUCAAGAGCAAGUGCUGCGUCAUGUGACUCCGGACCGUCCAAUGAACCGCUCCCUGAACUCGGACUAUCAGAGCAGAGACUGAUCCGGACUGACCGAAUUCCUGCCGGUGUCUGAACCUCCUCACGCUGCCACCAAAGGUGCCACACGGUACCCGGAAGAUGACCGCUAACGUAGAUGUAGCAGCAGGCCAGUGGGCAGCUACACUCCGUAACGAUGGCGUGGUCAGACCGUGAGACCAUUGUGUCCUUCGGGGUUCGUUUUGUAUCCGUGCGGACUCGUACGUGGGAACUGGAUAUGACUUUGCAGCUUCGAAAGCGCCGUUUGUCGUCCUACGUGUACCUGCCAGUCUGCCUCUUCCGUCCUAGCUGCUUAUAGCGAGCCAUGCUAAUUCACCCUCUUCAAAGCUAAAUGAUGCUAUUUCUAUGUUUGCAACGUGUGAAUCAGUAAUAAGCUAGUGCGCCUUCGUCUGGGCGUCGGAAGAACGAUCCGAACCAAUGAAUCCUCCACCAAUUGGCAAUGUGUACUCGCUGGAUCCCGGCCAGCACAAGCAGCAGUCCUGAAAUUGGGCAUGAAGGGAUUCUUUAUGCAGUUUGGUUGCUUUAGGGUGUCCCGUCUCUUGCUAAUACAUGUUAAAGGGCUGUUAGCUUCACACUGAGCUAAGCUAAAGGAGCCCAUGCGCUCUGUGGAGACGGCGAGUGAUGUUGUUGUUCCCUGCUGACCUGACAUCAGUUUUCCCGUAGCUAAAAUGCUACGUUGUCAUUCCAUCGUUAGUUGACUAGCAGUCCCGACCUCACGCUCCAGGGUUCUAGCCUGACCUUGAUGUUCUGAUGGAGACUCAGGUCUGAGUUAUUUAGCCGUAUUUACUUUCCCCCCGAGAUGCUUCCAUGUUUUGUGGACGCAGAAGGACCAAGAGGCGCUGCAAAAGGGCUCGUCUGAUUUAUCGAUACACUACAUGGUCAUGGACUCUCUGGAUUCCGGCCAGCACAAGCAGCAAUCGUGAUUCUUCAUGCAGUUUGGUCGGUUUGGUCAAAAGUAUGUGGGCGCCCCUCCUAACGAGUGAGUUCAGGUGCAUAAAAUCAACGAUAUAAAGUUCAUUAUAUGCUGCCAGUAUCCAUGGUUCCACAAGUUUAGCGUGGAGGAACUCUAGCGGCCUCCACUGAUCCCUGGUCAGAUCCCUGGCUAACUUUUGGGUGGUUAUCACUGUAUCGAUGCUCAUGCUUUAGAAACAGAGUCAGUAAGUGGGUGUCAACAUACUUUUGGCCAGUGUACUCGAUCAAACUUUGCAGCUUCUAGAAAUAUUGAAUGUUCAUUAAGAAUAAAAGAUGUUUUCAUGAUCUUUA